CCUUUGCUGUCCGUGCCUUUCGGCUUGGUGCCCGCGCUAGGUUUGCUAUGUGUAAUUUUGUUUGAGAAGCAGCAUUCCCUCAUAGCUUUUUGUCUUGUCUUUCAGGGAGGGAGUUGCUUUCCGGUAAUAGUAAAGAAGCACGAUACUGAAUGAGAACGCACCAGCAGCAUCCUCGUUAGUUGGAGCCUGACUCUUUCUGCUUAAUGUUGGUUUCUUUGUCAUCAGGUCUGCUAAAAAAUGACAGAAUAUAAACUUGUUGUCGUUGGAGCUGGUGGUGUAGGCAAGAGCGCCUUGACAAUACAGCUAAUUCAGAAUCACUUUGUGGAUGAAUAUGACCCAACAAUAGAGGAUUCCUACAGGAAGCAAGUAGUAAUUGAUGGAGAAACCUGUCUCUUGGAUAUUCUUGAUACAGCAGGUCAAGAAGAAUACAGUGCAAUGAGGGACCAAUAUAUGAGAACAGGGGAAGGCUUCCUGUGUGUAUUUGCUAUAAACAAUACAAAGUCUUUUGAAGAUAUUCACCAUUAUAGGGAACAAAUAAAGAGAGUUAAAGACUCUGAAGAUGUCCCAAUGGUGCUAGUGGGAAACAAAUGUGAUUUGCCUUCCAGAACAGUAGAUACAAAACAAGCUCAGGAUUUAGCAAGAAGUUAUGGAAUUCCUUUCAUUGAAACAUCAGCAAAGACAAGACAGGGUGUCGAUGAUGCCUUCUAUACAUUAGUUCGAGAAAUCAGAAAACAUAAAGAGAAGAUGAGCAAAGACGGUAAAAAGAAGAAAAAGAAGACAAAGACAAAGUGUAUAAUUAUGUAAAUACAAUUGAUGCUUAUUCUUAAGAAGUACUUAAGUAAUUUUUGUACAUUACACUAAAUUAUUAGCAUUUGUUUUAGCAUUACUUUACUUUCUGCUUCAUGAUCCUGUUAGCUUUACCUGAAUGCUUGUUUUAAAUGACAGUGGAAACUUCAUUCCUCUUAAAGUGCCAGUAUUCUUUGACUGUUGGUUCUUGAACUAGCAUUGCCUGUGAAAAAGAAAACAAAAAAACACACAAAAAAACCACACACAUAAAAACCUGAGAAUUGUCUUAGGACUCUUUGGUGCAUGCACAGUUGCUAACUUCCUAUUUUUUACUGAUUGUGAACUUCUGUUCUGUGUGCAAACCAAACAAUGAAAUGAUGCUCUACACAUCCUAAUAUCCCCUUUAAUUUUUUCAGUUUUAAAUCUGGUUGGGAAAAAGGAGUAGUUAGCAAAAGAGACUUUCAUUUCAGCCUUUUUUUUAUUUUAGACUGACUGCAAUAUAGAGAGACCAGAAGCCUUUAUAGUCUUCCUGUAGAUUUUGCUUCUAGGCAUCUAGUCUUAUAGCAUUUCAGAUCAACUUUAAUGAAUGUAAAGAGAACUUUCACAACAAAAAAAAAUCACUGCAAUUUGUCACAGUCACUCCUUAAAUACUCUAUUUUUUCUAUAAAAAGAAAAAAAAAAAA